AUGAGGGAAAAACUUGAUCAGUGGCUCUGUAGACAGCAAGAGGGUGGAUCAAGACUUGCAAAUGUGAAUCCAGCUGCUGAAGCAAAUAUAUUUGGUGAUCCAGAUGCUGCUGAUGUUGUAUUCACAAGUGGCGCAGAUAUAUUGGCAGUUGGAAUAAAUGUUACUCACCAAGUCGUAUUGUCAGGUUCUGAUCGAGAAAAGUUAGCAAGUUCAAAAGGAAAAUUUGCUCAAUACCUUACCGGAAUCUUAGAGGUGUAUUUCUCUUACCAUUGUGACGCAUACAACACCAAUGGAGUUUACCUUCAUGACCCUACAGCUGGCAUAACAAGGGGACUUACAAUUCUCUACAAUAAACAGAAAAGGUUUGAAGAAGUCACUAAAUGGUCCAAUAUGCCAACAGUAAAAGUAGCUGUGACAGUUGAUGCUCCUAGAGUUGUGAAAUUGGUCAUGGAUCGUCUUGUGGCUUGA